AGGAGUAUAAUGGUUCGCACCUACGCUUUCAAUGCAUCCAGUCGUUCUGAUAUCUUUGAACAAUAUAAACACACUGCUUCUGCAUCCCGGUUCAACACUGACAGCAGUAAUACUGCUAGAUCACAUGAUAAGGCGUCUUCAAAAUACAUAAAUGAGGAUAACAGACAAUACCACCCCAGUGAACCCCAAUCAAUUUCCAAUUCAACAACUACUACAAACAGUAUGACGGAUAGUUCCUCAAUUGGCAAUCAAGAAAACAAUAAUCAGUUCAUGAAUAAUGGCUUCCCACCACUUAAUCAAUCAAAUAUCUAUCAGUCGUCAUUUCACUCAUCUAUGAUUGAUCCAAUAGGAUCAAUUGUUGGUCUACGCUUGCUUUAUAUGAACGGACAGCUGGUUUAUGUUCCGGUGGAGCCUCAUAUCAAUUUGAUGAUCAACAAACAAUUUGGAAACCCGAUUCAAGGCGCUAGCCCGCCAGUUAUAUUACCUCAGAUUCAACAGCAUGCUCCAAUUUUGGCGCAAAAUGCUAUUCAACCGUUCCAAAGCAUGCCACAGUCACCAUCGCAACCAAACCCGCUCGUGCGAAGUCAAUCUAAAAGCGAUGUUUACCAAACUCAAAAUCCCUAUCGACAAGAUUCAUAUAGCCAGCCAACCCAAGCAAACAUGUCCCGCCAGUCUGCAAAUCAACAAUACCGGCAAAACACAAUGAACGCUAAAUAUGGAAGCUUACCGAAUCUAGCACAGAAAUCUGGUGGACUCAGCAGUCAAGAACAACAUAAAUUAGAAUUGCAACAACAAAUUGAAGAGAACAAAAGAAGAAAAGAAAUUGAAAAGCAAAAAGAGAUUGAAUUAGAGCAACGAGAAAUUAGGAAAUGGGAAGAAUAUCAGAAAAAAAUUCGCGAAGAAGAUGACAGGGAAAAAAGACAGAUUCAAGAUAAAGCAAGGGCCAUUGAGCUAAGAAAUCAACAAGUUUACCAGAAACAACAGAUUCAAUCUCAAAACCGAAAAAAUGAACGUCGUCCGUCAGUACCUCAGUAUCAUCAACAACAACACCAACAGCAACAACAUGAAUACUCACAACAUAGUCAAAAUGACUCAUAUGAUUCGUAUCCUGAGAGUGAGGAGCCGAUUCGGCCUUUGCAAAACAUGCGAAAUUCGAACUCGUUUUCUGAAUCAUCGCAGCAACGACCAAUUUCUCGGCCAAUCAGAAAUCAACCAAGAUAUGAUCAUCAAGGCGUCGAACCGAGACCUGAUUCUUCACAGCCAAGAAAAGUGGAAUGGUGGGAGAAAAAACCAUCAUGGCAAGACAGGCCUGCUGAUCGGCAAAGCGCUGUCAUUCCAACAUUACGUGGAAAACCUCCAGCAGUUCCCGACAGUCAAAGAAGCGGAUAUGAUUCUUCUGGGAAUGUGGGUGAGCAUCAAAGUCGUCCUAGCUCACGUACGACAUCAAGCUCUCAAAGAUCAUCAGAUGCUCAUUCCGAGGAGCCAAUUGGAAGGAAUUCAUCAGGAGCGAGAAGAGCGCCCGAAGCAUUUACAAUUACUGGAUAGAAUUAGUGUUGUUCAAUAAAUAUU